CUAGGUGGGUGCUAGCUCAUAUAAGGAGAGCGCCAUUUUAUUUCCACAAGCUCCUCUCUGUGUCCACUCGCGCGCCCGCAACAACUCUACCUCCAUCCGCCAUUGCUCUCUUCUUCCUCUUCUUCUUCAUCUCUUCGAGCUUCAGUGCCACCACACAAGUAGUUCGAAAGCACGCAGAAGCAAGAAGAAGACAGGGCCAUCUGCUUGAUCUCCAAGUUUUAUACCAAUAAUAUAUGGAGGAGGAGCCGCAGGUGGAGGUGCCUUGCUACUUCCUGUGCCCCAUCUCGCUGCACAUGAUGCGCGACCCCGUCACGCUCCCCACCGGCAUCACCUACGACCGCGACGGCAUCGAGCGCUGGCUCCUCACCGCCGGCACCUGCCCGCUCACCAAACAGCCCGUGCCGGCCGACUGCGACCCCACGCCCAACCACACGCUGCGCCGCCUCAUCCAGUCCUGGUGCGCGCUCCACGCGGCCGACGGCGUCCAGCGCGUUGCCACGCCCAAGCCCCCCACCGACCGCGCCCGUGUCGCCUCGCUCAUCUCGCGGAUCGGCGCCAAUCUUACGUCGACGCCGCAAGAGCUCCUCGCCGCUCUGCGCGAGCUCAGGGACGUGGCGUCCGAGAGCGAACGCAACAGGAAGCUCGUCGCGGCCGUUCCCCGCGCGGUGGACACUUUGGUCGGCGUGUUCGUCAUCGCAUCGGCGACAAGUGCUGCCGUCUGCGACGAGGUGCUCGAGAUCAUAUCCUCGCUAGAGCUCUCGGAAAAGUGCCUACUAGCUCGUGUCAUCGAGACGAACGAGGCGCUCUCCCUCGUCGACGCUCUCGUCUCCGCUCUGCAACGAUCCAACACCGCUUCCAGAGCGCACGCGGCGCUGCUUCUCCAGAACGUGACGGGCGUCAUGUCGACCAACAGCCUGGUGCCCCUGCCGGAGCAGGUGUUCGGGGAGGUGGUGCAGUUGAUCCGCGACAAGGUAUCCAGGGCUGCGACCAAGGCAGCCCUACACGUGCUCGUGGGCACAACACCGUGGGGCCGCAACCGCGUCAAGGCGGUGGACGCCGGCGCGGUGCCAGUGCUGGUGGACAUGCUCCUGGACGGACCGGAGCGCCGCGCGUGCGAGCUGGCGCUAGGCGCGCUGGACCGGCUGUGCGGGUGCGCGGAGGGGCGCGCCGAGCUGGUGGCGCACGGCGCGGGCGUGGCGGCCGUGGGCAGGAAGGCCUUGAGGGUGUCGGAUGUGGCCACCGACAAGGCGGUGCGGGUGCUGCGGUCGGUGGCGAGGCACGCGGCGACGACGGCGGUGGUGCAGGAGAUGGCGCAGACCGGCGUGGUGGGGACGCUGUGUGUGGUGGCGCAGUCGGAGCAGUACGGCGAGAGGACGAGGGAGCGGGCGCGGGAGACGCUCCGGCUGCAUGCGAGGGCGUGGAGGAGCUCGCCAUGCCUGCACCAGCACCUCCAGGCCAUGUACCCUUGCUGAACAGCACCACCCUUGUUGUUUUGAGCAGGCUCGUUUUCCCACUGUGCUGUGCAUGGAUUAUUGGUGUAGUUGUAGCUCUGAAUGGAGGUGUACAAAGGCCGGACAUAAUCAAAAUCAAGAUCGUUCAAGGCAAAGAAUCCGAUUUGGCAAUUCUUUUGGAUGUUUCAUAUUAGCUUUUCUUUCGUACAGUUUCAUUCGGAUUUGCCGUCGUCAUCAGCUGGGUCUGCUGCCAAAUUUGAUCAGGAACAUAAACCGAAACAUAUGAUGGUUGCUGGGUAGGCAAGCGAUGCAAGGAUUCGAUGCCCUUCUGGCAGGACGACAUUCAAGCUGUUCACGCGAUACGAUUGGUGCAACUAACGGUACCAAGAUUCAGUGCACCAUGCAAGCAUGAGAAACGAUCGAUGAGGAAGAAGUAGCUAGGGUCAACCUGUUCAAAAAAAUAAGUAAAUACAGAGUGUGUAGUGUAGGAGGGCAAGUUGGUGUGUCGACUGUCAAGCUCUCGUCUCCUCGUCUCAUUGUGAUCCAAUGCACUGUGCACUUCAGAUUCGAAGUAGGCACACCCUGCUGUCGGAUCCGACCACCAUGCUUUUUCGAAGAGUGAGGCGCUUGCUGGGCGACGCCGCGGCGGCAUCCGUCCCCGCGGCAGCCAAUCGCCUCAGAAUUCUUAUGUCAGAUGCUAUGCCUCGAAAAGACAGCAAGAGAUGUUUUAUUACAGAAGAGAAGAAAAUAAUGAAAGAAAACAUCAUCGAUCGUCACGCAUGCCCAAAAGCUUGACGAACAAUGUGUUAACAUAAGACUGCGUGAUUUGCAUGAUCAAUGCGUUAUAGUUGAUUGACCUUGAUUUAUUCAAGGAUGAAAACUCCGGUCUAGUGAUGUAUGUGUAUCUAUAUGUGCAAGAAAAGAAUCCGUAAAAUGUCCUGGCAGGGUAAGGAUUUCAUAGAAAGGCCAGGAGGGGGAGGGGG